UCGUUUGUUUCAUCAUUUCAUGACUACUGAUAACAGUUUUUCUCUCUUUAAAAUUUGAUUGCAUAUCUCGGCAUAUCUUGAUUUUAUCUAAAUGAUGUGUUGUCCGUUCACAGCUUGUGUUUAAUACCGUUUAAUGAAUGUAUAUCGCCCUCUCUUUUCGUUUAUAAGUGUUCUCUUGCGGUGCACAACACUCAAUAAUUAUGAACGAUAGGAAGCUAACAAUCUUGUAUGGAAGUCAAACCGGGACUGCUCAGGACAUUGCUGAAAGGAUAUGGAGGGAAAGCAAACACUACCAUUUUAAAGGCCCUGUGAAACCACUUGAUGAAUUUGAUGUGCGAAAUCUAAUUUAUGAGCCAGUAUUAAUUUUUGUUUGCGCAACAACUGGUCAGGGAGAAGAGCCAGACAACAUGAAAAAAUUUUGGAAAUUUCUACUGAGGAGAAAUUUGCCAUCAACAUCCUUGAUAAAUUCAAAGUUUGCUAUUCUAGGUCUUGGUGAUUCUUCUUAUGCUAAAUUCAACUUUGUUGCAAAAAAACUGAGCAAGAGACUCGAACAGUUAGGCGCUGAGCGAAUAUGCUCUGUUGGAUUGGCUGAUGAUCAGCACGACCUUGGAGCUGAUGCAGUUGUUGAUCCUUGGAUAAAAAAUUUAUGGGAAACUCUAUUGAAUAUUUAUCCUUUACCCUCUGGUGUUCAGCCUUCAAAAAGCGAUUCACUUCCUCUCUCAAGGUGGAACGUGAAGAUACAAAAUAAUGUCACCUCAAGCAGUGGUGAAGAAGGUGCAGAAUUGUCUCAUAUCAAUAUGUUUGUAAGCCAAGAACCAAGAAUAGCAGAGUGCAUCAGCAAUAAACGAAUGACAUCAGAAACCCAUUUCCAGGAUGUUCGCCUAAUAAAGUUAUCCAGUGAUCUUGACUACAAACCAGGAGAUAUUGCAGUUGUUUAUCCUCAAAAUAACCCAGAUGCUGUUCAUACUCUGUUUACAAUCCUAUCAGCAGAGGACAAUACUUAUCGUUAUCACAAAAAUGAUAGUGUGACAGUAUCCCCGCAAGAUCCUGAUAUGCCUGUUCCUCAAGAACUCUCUAAGCCCGUUACUCUUUUAGACUGCGCCACUAAUUAUUGGGAUUUAAAUGCUAUUCCUCGUCGAUACACUUUCCAGUUGCUUUCUCAUUUCACCACCAAUGAACUAGAAAAAGAAAAACUUGUCGAAUUUACCACCGCUGAAGGAUUAGAAGAGCUAUACAACUACUGCAACAGACCAAGGCGAAAUAUUUUGGAAGUGCUUGCUGACUUCCCGUAUGCUGCAAAAAAUAUUCCUGCCCAUUAUUUAUUUGAAGUCCUUCCUAGAAUUAAACCAAGAUAUUUUUCUAUCGCAUCAUCUAGAAUAUACCAUCCCAACGAGAUCCACUUGAUGGUUGCUGUUGUCGUGUACAAAACAAAACUGGUGAAACCGAGAAGUGGGCUAGCCUCAAGAUGGUUGGCUGCUAUUGAACCUGGUCAAAAACUACCUGUCAGUAUUCUUAAAGGCUCGUUGACCUUCCCGCAAGAUCCUAAAAUUCCAGUCAUCAUGGUGGGUCCAGGGACUGGCGUGGCUCCAUUCAGAAGUUAUGUUUAUGAAAGAGUUGGACUUGGAACAGCAUCUGCAAAAGUUUUACAUCUUUACUUUGGAUGUCGCUACCACGAUCAGGAUUUUCACUGCAAAGAAGAAUGGGAUCAACUAAUUAAAGCCAAUGAGUUGACCAUGCAUACUGCUUUCUCCAGAGAUCAGUCAGAGAAAAUAUACGUUCAGGACCUCAUCAAAAGAAAUGGAGAAUCAGUUGCAAAACUGAUAGCUGAUGGUGCGCAUAUUUAUAUUGCUGGCAAUGCAAAGGAUAUGCCUACAGCAGUGAAGGAAGCAUUCGCCAACAGUGUGGCAACACAUAAGAAAGAAUCGUUGGAAGAAGCAAUGAAGAGUAUCGAAGCUAUGGAACAAAACGGAAAAUAUCAGACAGAAACAUGGACUUGAUGCCAGUUUUCUAGGAGCCUUUUCAAUAUUUGGUGGCUCACAGUCUACUUCAACGAUCAGAUUAUUUUCAGCUCAGCAGUAGCUAAAAUUUUUUGUGUGUUCCUAUACUAAUUCUGAAUAUAAUUGGAUGUAUAUCUUCUACUUCACUUAACAGCAUUAUGUGUUUGAGAAA